CGGUUUCCUGAUCGAUUCAUUCAAUUUAUCCAAGAGAAUUUACUCCCGAUUUCUCUCCCAACGACAAUCAAGAGUACCCUCGAGAGUACGUUCAACACUUUCUCGACGAUUACAGUCGCGGUAACCGAGGAUUGCUACGAGAUCUCACAAUCAGUAACGUCCGAGACUCCGAAGACAAUGAUACUCGGCAACUAACCAACUAAUAGUAUCUAUCGAUCAGAUAUCAAGUGUGAUUUUUGAACUGAAAUUUUUUUUAAAUUGAUUUAUGUUUAAUUGAACUCUGAUCAACAAUUUCAUUCCUAAAGCUUUGUCAGCGAAUAUUGAAGAAACGAAAUAAUUAAUCAGGAAAAAUGAAUGAUUUUGUGGCGAAAUUUUGUGUCGUGAAUUUCCAUUUGAUACAUUUCAUUAUUCGUCCGUUCUACGCUCUUAUUUACCGCAACAAACCACGAGACAUACCUUCAAUUAAGAAUCCUCUGUUAAAAUUGAGCGCAACCAUGUUAGCCAGGAAGAUCAGAAACCAUGAGCUUUCUAGUCAGACAGUAGUGGAAGCAUAUAUCGAGCGUAUUAAGGAAGUGGAUCCUUUCAUAAAUGCAGUAAUAGAAGAGCGAUUCGAAGCGGCUCUGAACGAGGCGAAAACGUGCGAUGAAAAGUUGAAGAAUGAAGAAAUAAUCGCCUUGGAUCUGGAAAAAGAGAAACCGCUUUACGGAGUUCCAGUUACGAUCAAAGAAUCUCUUUCCGUUAAAGGAAUGAGCAUUACCGGCGGUUGUAUAAAAAGAAAAAACUUUAAAGCUGAGGAAGAUGGAGAUGCAGUGAAACUGAUAAAAAACGCUGGAGCUAUUGUGUUGUUGGUCAGUAACACUUCGGAAUUAUGUACAGCAAUCAACAGCUACAACCAUCUUUUUGGACAAACCAAAAAUCCAUAUAAUAGGACGAGGACUUCGGGAGGGUCAUCUGGUGGUGAGGGUGCACUGAUUACCGCGGGUGCAUCUGUUCUUGGUUUCGGCUCAGAUGUAGUUGGUUCCAUAAGAAUACCAGCUCUCUGGAAUGGUAUCUUUGGUCAUAAACCUACUCCAGGCAUUAUCCCUGUUAAAGGACACUAUCCCACAAUGGACGAUGAACUUUUCCAAAAUUUCUUAGUACUUGGACCACUAGCAAGAUACGCGGAGGAUCUCCAAUUGGCUAUGAAGGUUUUCACGUCCAGACUCGAGAAACCUUUAUGCUUUGAUGAACCACUCAAUCUGAAAAACCUUCGAGUUUUUUACGUGGACAAUUUCGACAGUUUCUGUAAUACGAGAUCAACUUCGUCAGAUAUCAAAGAAACUAUCCACAAAGCUCUAAGCUUUUUCGCUAAAAAUGGAGCCUACGUGGAACACUUAUCACAAGAAUGGGUAGCCGAUAUAUUCAACAUGGAACUAUCUGCAUUCGGUGAACUAGAUAUACCUGAACUGCUUGUAGAUCCUAAAAAUCCAGAGGGAAAAAGGAGACCAUUCCUUGAAUUUGCAAAAUCCGUAGUUCGUUUGUCAGAUUACACCCCAUCGCUCACUUUGGUACGAAUAGUCAUUGAAAUUCAUGGAGGCAUUACACGUUCUGGGAUAGAAAAAUAUAAAAAGAUAAGAAAUGAACUUCGUCAAAAAGUUAAUAAUAUGCUCAAAGACGAUGCUGUGUUCAUAUAUCCCACAUUUCCAUCCGCUGCAACUUAUCCAGAACUAGUAUUCUUCAACUUCGACUCUAGUGCUUACGCUUCACUUGCAAAUCUACUGCAUUUACCAUCAACACACAUACCAAUGGGUUUGAAUAACGACGGAUUGCCAAUUGGAUUUCAAGUGACAGCCGCAUCGUAUCAAGAUCAUCUUAGUAUAGCAGUUGCUAAAGAGUUAGAGAAAGCCUUUGGUGGCUGGAUACCUCCUAGCUAGAACAUUACUUCAUCAAUACUGAUUUGUUGUUUUCUUUUCUUUCUUUUUUUUUUUUUUUU